ACCUUCCACAGGUAACAGCACAAACCAUCAUCAGGACAUCGUUCGUUUAGUAUAUCCCAAAAUUCUGCUUGCCAUUUUGCCAUCAUGAUGGACUUGGAUCUUCUGCAAGUAUCGGCGCCAAGCUUGGCGUAUAUAUGCUUAGGGGGUUUUGUUGUUUUGCUUUCUAUGAUGACUAUUUUUAUCAAAGACAAGCUUUACAUCAAUGAAGUACUUCUUGGUACUGGCUUUGGGAUACUAAUCGGACCUCACGUGGCGGGUAUAUUCGAUCCUCGUUCUUGGGGCUCGGACUCUAGAAUCACGCUGGAGGUUAUGCGCGUCGUCCUUGCAACAGGUUUAUUCACAAUCGGCGUUGAGUUGCCCAAGAGCUACAUGUGGGACCAUAUGAAGGGUCUCUUGGUCAUGGUUGUCCCGACUAUGGCGUUUGGUUGGGUUCUUAUAGCUUUAAUCAUAUACUAUCUGUUUCCUAGCAUCAAUUACAUAUCUUCGCUGUGCAUAGCUGCUUGCCUCACACCGACAGAUCCUAUAAUCUGUGCCGCUAUUGUGUCCGGAACGUUUGCGAAAAAGAACGUUAAAGAAAAGCUCCGCCACAUCUUAUCAGCAGAGUCUGCCGCAAAUGAUGGUCUGGCCUAUCCAUUCCUUAGUAUCUCCAUAUAUCUUACCGUGGAAGCCUCCACUCGCGUUGCUAUCGGUAAAUGGUUUCUUGUCGGCUGGCUAUAUCAGGUCAUUCUGGGAACAGUAAUAGGUGCUGUCAUAGGCCUUAUAUUCUCCAGAAUCAUGAAAUUAUCUCAUGCAAAGGGCUUGAUUGGCCGUGAGUCAUACGUUGUUCAAUACAUCGCUUUGGUUAUUUUCACCAUCGGUGUCGCCAGUACAAUCGGUAGUGACGAUCUUUUGGCCGCCUUUGCAGCAGGCUGCGCCAUAUCCUGGGAUGGUCACUUCAGUUUACAAACUGAAAAUGAAAUAUUCGCCUCAGUGAUCGACUUUGUGCUGAAUUGUGCCUGCUUCAUAUACAUCGGUGCUUGGUUGCCGUUUGCGGCUUUCCACUCACCUGAACUUGACAUUACGAUUGGCCGCUUGGUUACUUUGGUCAUUGCCAUCCUGUUUCUCCGGCGCAUUCCCCCUCUACUAUUAUUGUAUAAAUUCGUGCCAGAAAUCACUACAUGGAAGGAGGCUCUUUUCUGCGGACACUUUGGUAUAACGUGGUAUUGACAUUUACCGUUUGCGUCGCUGACUUUAGUGUUUCACAGGUCCGUUGGGUGUCGGGGCCGUUUUUAUAUCGACCAUGGCCUUGACACGCCUCCCCACUCCCGAAAGUCCCCCAGCAAACCAAGCCCAGUUCCUUGCUGCGACUUUACAGACUAUCGUCGCGUUUGUUGUCCUUGGCUCCAUCAUCGUUCAUGGCUUGUCUAUCCCAUUCAUAUCCUUUGGACGUACAGUCCCUUCUCGUGUCCAGUCUAUGACUAUUACCUGGACAAUGAGUACACAUGCUCCUCGCGAGUGGCUAUCUUCUAUUCGCCGCUUUGGGAGUCCAUUACCACCGUACAUUCAGUCUGAGGCAAUUUCUGACGUCGACCCAGAGCAAGCUGUAAUGAGUUCAAACAACCCCAAUGGAGUGGAGAUACAUGGACCGAGUAUAUCAGAAGUCAUGAGUCAGACUUCGACAGUCACUAUGCCGGGGGCGCCAGGUGCGGCUGAGUCUAUUGAUAUUCUACCUCCCGGGCCUUUGGGAGAGGUUUUAAACCGGCUUUCUGGCGACGUUUCCGAGGUCAAGAAUAUCCGCGGUGAUUGUGAGGAAACUCUCGUUCGAGAACAAGAAACCAAGGGAGAUGACGUUCGAGUUCACGCAACUGAUGCUAAAAGUGUCCGCUUCCCUGACGCUCAAUAACAUUGGCUGUGCGUCCUCACCGGACUUCUCUCGCUACCUCUACUUCGACGUUCUUCAUGUUACCGGAACUUUACGAUCAUAUAUGUUCAUACCCGUGCGUUUCGUGCAAUAAAAGCUAUCAUGUCCAAAUACACCCUAAAAAAGGCCG